CAGAAGAAACAACUCUCAACAUGGGGAUUCAGAGCCAGCUGUGUUUUCUUGCAAGCCUGGUGCUGGUUAUUCACGCCACACCGAUUUUAAGGCCCACUGAAAAAGAAGUAGCCAUUGCAAGGGAUUACCUGAGAAACUUCUACAAUCUGAAAGAUGUAAUGAGCACUUCCGAUUUUCACCCAGAAGAAGAGAUCAAUCCACUGUCCGAUAAGCUGAAAGAGAUGCAGAAGUUUUUCAGGCUUAAGGUCACUGGAACUCUGAAUAGAGAAACACUGGAGGUGAUGAAGAAGCCCCGCUGUGGAGUUCCAGAUGUUGCUGCGUACUCCACAUUUGGAGGCAAACCCAAAUGGAACACCAACAGGCUCACUUACAGAAUCGUGAACUACACUCCUGACAUGUCAAAAACAGAUGUGGAUCAAUCCAUAAAGAAAGCGCUGCAGGUCUGGGCCGAUGUCACUCCUCUGAGAUUCACUCGUAUUAACAAAGGCAUAGCUGACAUCAUGAUCUCCUUUGCUACAGGGGAGCAUGGUGAUGUUCAGGCAUUUGAUGGACCACAAGGCAUACUGGCUCAUGCUUUUCCUCCUUCUCCUGGAAUCGGUGGAGAUGCACAUUUUGAUGAAGAUGAGUUUUUCACCUUGCGCUCAUCAAAAGGACUUGUCCUGUUCUUGGUGGCCGCUCAUGAGUUUGGUCACUCUUUGGGUCUUUCUCAUUCUGACGUUCCCGGCUCUCUGAUGUUUCCCACAUACAGCUUUAUUGAUCCGGAUCGUUUCUCUCUGUCCAAUGAUGACAUCAGAGGGAUUCAGUCCCUUUAUCCUUAAUCAGCCCCAAACAUGGAAGGAUGAGAGCUAGUAGGAAAUAAUAUACACACAGAUUAGAUUCUGAAGUGUUCUGGCGCUUUCUUUAAAUGUAUUUUUUCUUUUUAUCCCUUUUGUUUCUCUUCUGGCAAGUAUAACACAUUUGAAAUCAUAACCAUUUACAAUAUUCCUUUACAGGUCAUGCUUUCUGGACAAUUCAGUUCACAGAAUUUAAAUGUAUGUCCAUUAAGUUGGAAAAAAGUAACACAUUUGAACAUUUCUCUUUGGUUGUACUUUUUUUAUGCAUCAGUAAACAUCUGGAUACAACUAAAAACC